AUGCACACAACACAAUUAUUGGAAUAUUAUCCGCGGGAUUCACGUAUCGAUGAAUUCGUUGAUAGUUCUAUAACUGUUGCUAAACGAUCAAAUGCUUGGAAACAAUUUAAUUCUGAUAGCAAUAUUCGUCAGCGAGUUAACAAGAAGAGUGAUAAUUCCGAAGCAGAUGUGAUACAAUCAUUAUCAUCAGUUGAUUCAACAACUAUAAAUGAUGAUACUUUUUCAUCAACUGAUCAAUCAGACAAUUUUCAAUUACGACUAAAACAGAAUUUAAAAAAUUUAAGGCAGUCACAAUUUUUUGAGAUAUUCUAUAAAUGGUGUUGUUAUGGUGUCUACUUACUAUGGUUUAGUAUUGGUAUUUUGGCAAUUCGGAAAACUCUAAAUGCUACAGCAGCGGUACGAUAUGUUAAAGAACACGGUCACACAGUAUCAGAAGAAGCUAUUGCUAGUUCGAGUACUUUUCAAAAAUUAUUAUGGUCAUUAGAUCAUGAAUUCCGAAAACCACCAGCUAUUUUCCUUCUUAAUCAGCAUGCUCUCAAUAUGACUUUUAAUUUUCUGUGUAAUACAUGUGAUAUGAAUGGUGUUCAUGAAAGGCUAAUUUUUGUCACAUUGGAUGAAGUAGCAAGAGAUGUGUUAAAUGAAUACUGGCCUAAUGUAAGGCAAGUAUAUUGGCCAACACCAAGUUUAUAUAAACCAUUCAGUUUUGCGGAAGGUGCCUAUCAGACAUUAUAUUUAUUGCGUGCUAAUAUGGCUGCAUUUUUGUUAAAAAAUGGUAAAUCAUUUUGGAUGAUGCAACAGGACACAUUUUGGCUUAAAAAUAUUUUUGAUUUGGGUUUUGAAGAGAAUUACGAAUAUGAUGCAAUCUUUGAUCAGAUCGGGUUUGAUAAUGUUUCGCAACGAGCGGAAUGGAUCAAUGGUGCAAAUUUUUUCGUACAUGCAAAUAAUAACACAGUGAAGUUUUUCGAAGCUGUAGCUCGUAAAUUAGCCCAUUGGUAUACGCCGGAUAUGGGUAUUAUGAUACAUCAGUGUCAUACAUGGAAAGAACCAAAUUGUAACUAUAUACCUCAUAAGAUUGCAAAUUCUUGGGAAUGGAUGUAUACCGAUCAGAAAAAUCCACCAUACAUUCUUCAGUUGGAUUGUGAAACAGAUGGCAGUUCUAAACUAAUGCAAUUAGCCAAAUUUGGAUUUUAUUUUAUGAACACCGAUAAUCAUAGGAUAUGUAAUCAAACAGCAGUAAAUUACGCGAGAAAACGAAUGGAAGAUGGUAAAAUUGAAGUAGCGAGGACACCACUUAGUUGGAGUCGUUUUCAAUUUAAAGUAUAUUGGUGGAUUGUUGACCAUAUGCUUAGUACACCAAUUCUUGGAACAUUGAUAAAGCCUUAUCUUCCACUCGUUGGUUUCAUUAUUAUGAUUACCAUUUAA